GGUAUUCUAUGGACAGUGCCUCUCCUCAGCAUCUCAUCUAGACAAUCACUUCAACACCACUUUUCGUUUCUUCAACAAACUACCGCCACUGCAUCGCUGACCAUCAUUAACUAUUCUUUCAGAUCCAAGAACUUAUGGCGUCGAACACAAAAUACUCUCGCGCUUCCCAGCGAGACUCGCUCGAUGAUCCCGCUCAUUAUUCGCAAGCCCCUCCAUCUUACGCCGAACCUUCUUCGUCGGCAGAUAAUGAGGCUCUUCUAGGAGGGGGACCAAGAAGCAGCGAGGAUAAUAUUCCGGAUGACUUUAAGGUAUAUACAAGAUUGCGGCUUAAUACUUGGAGCAGGUAUCUGACAAAGGUGUAGUUUGGAGGCUCUGUCGCUGAAGCAACUAUUGAAAUUCGGAUGCAGGUAUGUAGAGCUCUAUUGUAACCUCGAUGACACAUUUCCUAACAACUCUUCAGUUUGUCCGAAAGGUUUAUGCUAUUCUGUGAGUGUUGCGCAAUUCUACCAAGAUGCUUCCCUUGUGUUAAUUUCGUUGCCAGCUCUGUGCAACUCAUCGCCACAGCAGCUCUGAGCUCUGUUUCUUUCUUCAGCCAAUCCUACAAAACAUGGAUUCAGUCAAACACUUGGUUGUUAUGGACUUCGGUAUGUUAAAUCUCUUAGCAAUAACGGGAUAAAGCUGACAGUCACAGAUGUUCGGCGCAAUUGGUUUUAUGCUUUUGACAUACUGGAAGCGGAAAUCUUAUCCAACCAACCUACUGUUCCUCGGAGGAUUCACGGCGCUCGAGGCAUACACAAUAUCGGUCAUCGUAUCAACAUUCGAUUCCCGCAUUGUCCUCCAAGCUGUAUUGCUCACCGCUGGAAUAUUUGUCGCGCUCACGCUCUUCGCCUGCCAAACCAAAUAUGACUUUACGUCAUGGAUGCCUUAUCUCUUUGGUGGACUAUGGGCAUUGAUUCUCUUCGGCUUCAUGGCUAUGUUCUUCCCAGGCAACAGUACUGUCGAGUUGAUUUAUUCUGGUAUCACCGCCGUUAUAUUUUCCGGCUACAUUCUUGUUGAUACCCAACUCAUUAUGAGACAUUACCAUGUGGAGGAAGAGAUCGCGGCGGCUAUUAGUCUUUAUCUUGACAUCAUCAACCUGUUUUUGGCCAUUCUCCGAAUUCUCAACAGCCAACAAAAUAACUAGGGGGGAUACUGUGGUCGGAGGGUGGCAUUGAGGGGCUACUUACGUACGGUGCCGUCUGGUGUUUACAAUAAAACUUUCAAUGGUAACAAAUAAUUAGGGGAGCUAAGGGUCAAUUUGAAAACUAGUACUAUUGGGAUGGGGUUUCUGUGGGUCUUUUGGGUGGUUAAUUUGUUUUGAUGGUUUUUCCCCUUUACGUGGAGCAAAUCCACAUUCAAUGUAUACGUCGUCAGUUUACAUGCCGGAAAUCUUUUGUGCCAUG